CAACAUGUAACAUGUAAUAACAAAGAUGAUAACAUAACAACCAUAACCAAAUGGUCGCUCAACAAUUCUGGUUGAGCAAAAAACAAAAAAAACCUUUUAAUCAAGAGUGGAUUGCCGAUCAGAUUUUCUUCUUUCCAAGUUUUUGUCGUUUUGUUUAAAAACAUUCCACACUCCAAAUGGGAAUGUGGCUUAUACCUUUCACUCAAUUGUAAUGUAAUGCCCCUCUCCACUCCACUAGUAAUUAUCAUUUGUCACAGCUUUCAUCUUCAUAGAAAGCUUACAUAUCAAAAUGUAUGUCCUUCCGUCCACACACACACGGCUUCAGCAUUAUUGUUUCAUGUCCGAGAAGCCGCUUAAAACUACCCAAUUUAAGCAUUCCCGUAGUCUUCGAAUCAAAGCUAAAACCAAUGUGUCUGGUGAGUUAGCGUUGGACUACCAAGUGUUCGAUGAAAUUCCUGUUUCAGACACAUUUGCUUGGAACAAUCUUAUCCAAACCCACCUCACCAAUGGAGAUUUUGACUUUGUCCUUUUGACUUAUCUACAAAUGCUACUCCGGUGUGUUCGUCCUGAUAGGCACACUCUCCCUCGCGUUUUAGCUGCUUCCUGUCGUUGUGGUGAUAUUUUUGUUGGCAAACAACUUCAUUGCCAUGCUCUCAAGCUUGGCUUCUCUUUAGAUCACUAUGUACUUACUGCUUUGAUCGAAAUGUAUGGCCGUCUUGAUGGCGUUAAUACAGCAAGGUGGCUUUUCGAUAAGUCCCCUAGUAGGAAUUCUGUUUCUUGGACUCUGCUAGCCAGGUUGUAUAUCAUGGAAAAUAAACCCAGUUUGGCUAUUGGUAUGUUUAAUCAAAUGGUUGACUUAGGAGUUGAGAUAGAUUCAGUGGCGUUGGCAACUGCAGUUGGUGCCUGUGGCAUGUUAAAAUCCCUGCAACAAGGGAGGAAGCUCCAUGAGAUCACUAAGAAAUGUGGGCUAGAGUUUGAUGCGUUGGUCAGCAAUUCUCUCUUGAAAAUGUAUACAGAUUGUGGUAGUAUUGAAGAUGCUCGGGCAAUUUAUGAUCAAAUGCCAUUGAAAAAUGUCAUUGCAGGAACAACAAUUAUUAAUGGUUAUGUGAGGAAAGGGGGAUUCAAUGAGGCUCUUAAAUUGUUCCGGCAGAUGAAUAUGGAUGGAUUAAAAUCUGAUUCACUAACAUUCUCUAGUGUUCUCCCAGCUUGUGCAAGAAUGGCUGAACACAAGCAUGGCAAAGAAAUUCAUGGCUAUCUGCUUAGAAACAGUAUUGACUUGAAUCUCAUGGUCCAGAAUGCUGUCAUGGACAUGUAUGUGAAGUCGGGAUUUAUCGAAUACGCUUCAAGGAUUUUUUUAAGGAUGAAGGAUAAAGACCUUAUUUCAUGGACUCUGAUGAUAUUGGGCUAUAGCUUACAUGGACAAGGAGCGUGCGGAGUUGAUUUGUUCUGCGCAAUGGAGAGAAAGUCGACCAUACAAAUAGAUCAAGUCACAUAUGCUGCUGUCCUUCAUGCUUGUAGCACUGCACGCAUGGUUGAACAAGGAAAGUUUUACUUCAACUGCAUUAAGGCACCAAAUGUCUCAAACUGCUCUUUAAUGGUUGCUCUUCUAGCUCGUGCUGGACUCUUUGAGGAGGCAAGGAUCUUUAUUGGGGAACAAAAAAUUGAAAGGCACGUUGAGGUACUUAGAGCACUGCUAGAUGGCUGCAGAAAUCACCAACAAUUAGCGUUAGGCAAGCAAGUCAUUGAACAGCUCUGUGAAUUGGAACCUCUUAAUGCUGAGAACUAUGUGUUACUGUCUAACUGGUAUGCUAAUAGCGCAAGAUGGGACAAGGUCGAUAAAUUGAGACAAACAAUAAGUGACAUGGGUUUGAAGCCAAAGAAAGCGUAUAGUUGGAUAGAGUUCCGAAAUAAAGUUCACGCAUUUGCGACGGGGGAUGUAUCCCAUCCAAGAUCACAGAAAAUAUAUUGGGAAUUAGAGUGUUUGAUAAAGAAAAUGGAAGAUGAAAAACAUCAGCCUAAUCCAGAUUUUAGUCUCCAUGAUGUAGAGGAAGAACGAGAGUGCAUUCAAAUUGGGCAUAGUGAAAUGUUGGCCAUUUCUUUUGGGCUCAUCAGCACACAACCUGGUGCAACGAUUCGUGUAAUUAAAAACCUCCGUGUGUGUCGCAGUUGCCAUGAUUGUGCGAAGUUUAUAUCAAAGAUUGCAGGACGAGAUAUCAUACUUAAGGACAUAAAUUGUUUCCAUCAUUUUAAAGAUGGAUUUUGUUCAUGUGAUGAUUUUUGGUGAUUUUUUACCUGGAUUAUCUUUAUUCUCCAGUUAUUUGGGUCAUGGAAUUUGCA